GCCUGUUGCGUAAGCUUUCCUUAAAUGCUAAGUGCUUUCACAUUGUCUCGUCUUUAUCUGCAUUCAAAGUGGAAAACUUAGGGAAGGAAAGGCGCUAGGAUUGUUCCAAACUACUGGAAACCAGGAGAACGUGGGGAGCAGAAACGGUCUUCAUCUCCUUAUUGUCCAGCUCCUCCAAACAGACUCCAUGUGGGUGUACCUCCUCACUGCUGCUGCUCUGCUUGCCGUUUGGUGGCUAAUCAGAGACCGUCAGCAAAUCGGAGAUGUGAAAGACAAGUUUGUAUUUAUCACCGGGUGCGACACGGGCUUUGGCAACCUCCUGGCGAAGCAACUGGAGCGGCAAGGAUUCCGGGUCCUUGCUGGCUGCCUGACCCAAAAAGGAGUGGACGGCCUACAGAGGAACAGCUCAUCCAGACUGAAAGCUAUCCUCCUGGAUGUGACUGACUGCAGCAGCAUAAGGAAGGCAGCGGAUUGGGUCCAGGCAGAGGUGGGAGAGAAAGGACUCUGGGGCUUGGUCAACAAUGCAGGGAGAGCCAUUCCCAUUGGCCCAACAGAAUGGAUGAAGAUGGACGAUUAUUUGAAAGUGCUGAAUGUGAAUUUGAUUGGAUUGAUGGAGGUGACGCUGACCUUUCUCCCAUUGGUUAAGAAGGCCAGGGGCCGGGUCGUGAAUGUGGCUAGUAUUCUGGGGAGGAUAUCGCUUAUAGGUGGUGGCUACUGCCUCUCCAAAUGUGGGGUGGAGUCUUUUUCUGACAGCCUGAGACGGGACAUGCGUCACUUUGGUGUCCACAUCUGCAUCAUUGAGCCUGGCUUCUUCAAGACAGCCGUGACAAACCUGGAAGGCAUCGAAAAUGACUUGCAGCGUCUGUGGGACAGACUGUCUCCUGAAGUCCGCGAGAGUUACGGGCAGAAUUACUUGGCAAAGUAUGUGAAGUCCCAGCGGUUUUCCAUUAAUGCGCUAUGCGAUGGCGACCUGUCCAAAGUCACCAAUUGCAUGGAGCAUGCUCUAACUGCCAACCACCCUCGCACACGCUAUGCCGCUGGAUGGGAUGCCAAGCUCUUCUGGAUCCCCCUCUCCUACAUGCCAACGGUUCUCAGCGACUUCCUGCUCAGUCUCCUAGUGCCAAAGCCUUCGCAGAGUGUCCGAUAAACAGAUGCGCAGGCCGGUCGUUGGAGCAAAUGGUGCACCACUACCCUAGGGGCUGGUUGGCAGGGACCACUACUUUGCUGGGAUGACCAUCAAAAGCAGAAUGACCCCACCUACUACCCAAUCCCCCUCUCUCGAUCCCUGGUGGCCAUGGGCAGCCAGAACAUUUGCCUGUUUCAGAUGCAACCCUCAAUCAAAUAAAACCCUAAGACAUAGGGACAGAUGGAAAGCAAUCGGCCCAUUCAUUGAGGUCAGGGCUGAAAAUGGAUAGAUCUGAUUCUUUUGAAAUCCUUCUGUGGAAAGGGACUGGCGUAUUUCUGACCCUCCCUAGCUGUCCUCGAGCUCACUGACUUGCUCAGCCAUUUCAGAAGGAAGUUGAAAGCCAGCUAUAUUUCUGUGGGCCUGGAGUCAGACAUUGGCCCCAUUGGAUAAGGUCAUGAACGACCCACGCAGGUUUUAGACAGUUAAUGGUCAUGUGAGUAAUGAUAAAUAGCUUUGAAUUAUUUUUGCUUGGGAUUUGAAUUGAAAUACCUCCAGCCACUGUGGUGGCAUUUGAGGGCAUGACCCAGAGCAUUAGCCGAAGUGUCUGGAUUACUAAUCCAGUGUCACAGAGCUGUACAGCACAGAAACAGACCCUUCGGUCCAACGCGUCCAUGCCGACCAGAUAUUCUAAAUUAAUCUAGUCCCAUUUGCCAGCAUUUGGCCCAUAUCCCUCCAAACCCUUCCUAUUCAUGUCCCCAUCCAGAUGCCUUUUAAAUGUUGUAACUGUACCAGCCUCCACCACUUCCUCUGGCAGCUCAUUCCAUACACACACCAACUGCUGUGUGAAAAAGUUACCCCUCAGGCCCCUUUUAAAUCUUUCCCCUCUCACCUUAAACCUAUGUCCCUCUAGUUCUGGACUCCCCUACCCUGGGGAAAAUACCUUGUCUAUUCACCCUAUCCAUGCCCCUCAUGAUUUUAUAAACCUCUAUAAGGUCACCCCUCAGCCUCUGACAUUCCAGGGAAAACAGCCCCAGCCUAUUCAGCCCCUCCCCAUAGCUCAAACCCUCCAACGCCAGCAACAUCCUUGUGAAUCUUUUCUGAACCCUUUCAAGUUUCACAACAUCCUUCCUAGAGCAGGGAGAAAAAUAACAGAACAUUGUAUUCCAAAAGUGGCCCUCACCACUGUCCUGUACAGCUGCAAUAUGCCCUCCCAACUCCUGUACCCAACGCACUGACCAAUAAAGGCAGGGGUACCAAAUGCCUUCUUCACCGCCCUGUCUACCUGUGAGUCCACUUUCAAGGAACUAUAAACCUGCACCCCAAGGUCUCUUUGUUCAGCAACACUCCCCAAGACAUUUCCAUUAAAUGUAUAAGUCCUGCCCUGAUUUGCCUUUCCAAAAAGCAGCACCUCACAUUUAUCUAAAUUAAACUCCAUCUGCCACUCCUCGGCCCAUUGGCCCAUCUGAUCAAGAUCCCGUUGUACUCUGAGGUAACCUUCUUCACUGCCUGUAACCUGCAAACUCACCAACUGUACCUCCUAUGUUCACAUCCAAAUCAUUUAUAUAAAUGACGAAAAGCAGUGGACCCAGCACCGAUCCUUGUGGGACACCGGUGGUCACAGGCCUCCAGUCGUUGAGUGAAGAAACUGGGCUGAGCAGGAAAUGGUGAAGCAAACUUCAAAGAAUCACAUAAUUGUUUCGGUGCAGAUGCAAGCAAAUCCCCUCGUGCCAAUCUCCUGCCUUUUCCCCGUAUCCCUGCGCCCCAUUUCUGUCCCAAUAACCAUCCAAUGCCUCUCUUGAAUGCCCCAAUGGAACCUGCCUCCCCCACAUUUCCAGGCAGUGCAUUCCACACCCUAACUACUCGCUGGGUGAGAAUGUUUCUCCUCACAUCCCCCUCGCUUCAUCACUUUCAAUCCACUCCCCUCUCGUUCUAGUUCCUUUUACAUGUGGGAACAGCUUCUCCCUGUUUACUCUGUCCAGCCCCCGCUCAUGAUGUUGAAAACCUCGAACAGAUCUCCCUCUCAGCCUUCUUCUCUCCAAGGAGAACAUUCCCAACUUCUUCAAUCCAUCCUCCUCGCUGACGUUUCUCAUUCCGGGAACCAUUCUUGUAAAUCCCUUCUGCGCUCUCUCCAAUGCGCUCACAUCUUGCCCAUAAUGUGGGGCCCACAGCUGUACACAGCCCUCCAGCUGAGCUCUAACAAGUGUCUUGUACAAGUUCAGCAUCACCUCCCUGCUCCUGUACUCUGUGUCCCAAUUAAUGAAGCUGCGGGCACUGUGUGCUUUAUUCACUGCUCUCUCCACCUCUCCUGGCCCCUUCAAUGAUCUGUGCACAGAUACACCCAGCUUCCUCUGCUCCUGCACCCCCUUUAGAAUCGUACCCCCGUUUUAUAUUGUAUAAUUUUGAGUUCAUAUCACAAACUUGUUUGGAAAUAACUGCUAGCUUCCUCGACAGUGCUCUGGGAUGAGCCUUUGUUUUGAGGAAGUGCCCAGGAUUAAAUCUCUAGGCUGUGGGGAAUUGGUUGAUAGCACAGGCAGGAUAAUGAACAUCAUCAAGCUGGCUUGGGAGGGAGAAAGAUAAACUGCCAGGGGAGGCCACACAUCCAGUCAGCCUGAGCUCACAUCUCAGGAUUGCUCAGAAAUCCCUACCAUCGAAUAGGCCGUCAAUGCCAACUGUCUAACCUCAGGCAGGAGUCAUUCUGAAACUGGCAAAGUGCUGGAGGGUGCCCAGCUCCACACCUGUGGGUUAUAUCUUCCAGGUUGUCAUGAAUUAUUUCAACUAACAUUAUUUGAAUCAAGGUGGAAAUACAUAGAUGGUGCAAUAAAUUUUCUAACACUU